AUGGGUGAGAGGCUUCUCAAGCGGGCUGAACCUCGUGCCUGCUCUGCUGCCUUGAUGACCCCAGCUAUGCAAGGGAAAGUCAAGAGCACCGUCAUGGAGGUGGAUGAGCAUAUCCACACCUUAACUGAGAGUUUUGAGCCCUUUGCGCCCGAAGCUCACUCCAGUGACCAGUUACUGGACCACUAUGCAGACCAUCUCCAUUAUGUGACUGAUGCCAAGACUGAUGGCCCAGACUUGGCAUUGAUGAAGAGCAAUAAAGCCAUCAAGUUUGCUGAUGUCAUCAAUAUCAAAGUCACAUAUAAUAAAAGUGCUGUCCCUCAGUCUAACCAGUAUCAGGCAACUUCGGCCGCUAUUAUUUACAAGGGAUACUGUGAGCUCGAAAGGACUCACUAUGUCUCUGGCAGGGUUACCACUCCAGAUGUGGAACUCAAUGCCAUUGCGCAUGCAGUGCACCUUGCUGUCAAGCAGGCAAACUGCCAACAUAUUAUGGUCUUUACUGACUCUAUGGGCUUGGCCCACAGAGCGGUAGACCCCUCUGUACACUCUGAGUGGUUCGAGGCAGAUGAUCUCCAACACAUCACCUUUGUCUACAUUCCAUCCGCAUUGCAGUGGGAUAUCCAUGGUGAAGCACACAAGUAUGUCACCAAGCUUAAAGUCAGGGUUGGACAUCACAAGACGGACAAUUCUAUAGAUGUGCUUUGCUCCCAAGCUGCACACUCAGUCCUGGACUCAUGGAGUUCCACUUUCCAGGAUCCAACCUACUAG